AGCAAAAUGUAAAUAAACAUCAUUCCACUAUCGGCGUAGAAGGACGAAAAAGCAGGUUUUCGAGGGUUUCAUUUGGUUUUUAUUCAAGUCGUUGAAAGUCCAACAAUAUAUUUGUCAAGCAGACAUGGUUAUUAUACGUGGAAAUAGUGCGGAAAAUGAUCCUUCCUCGGAUGAGGCAAGAAAUGCCCGUCGAAGACGUAAUCAACGUGAGAAUGAAGAACUUGCUCGUUAUCUAUUAGAUCGUAUCUCUUUAUACUUGCAUCUCUUCUUCAAAGGUGUAAACAAGUUCAUCAUCCGCUAUCGCUUCAAGGAAGUUGCCUCCGCUGUAUAUGUGGGAUUGCAACGAUAUCCACUGCUAGCGUUGUCCAUUGCAGCAGUGGUAUUCAUCAUGACACUUCCGUUCGUCAUCUUUAUCUUCUUCACGCUAACAACGGCCGUUCUCACGUUCUCCAGCUUCAUAUUCAUCGAAGGAACGCUCAUUACCGUGGCUUCGAUGCUGAUGGUAGGGUUCCUGAUAGGCGUGUUCUUCCUAGCUGCCUUUGUAGGAUCGCUUUUCCUAAUGGGGUAUUUUGGAAUUUCCAAGGUGUUUGAUUGUUUGACCAGGCAGGGCCCUGGAAACGAUGCAUCUCCGCAGGUAGAAACGGCAGGGGAGUAAAUGUAUUCUGUGGAACAGAGUUUAGACACAAAUUGUCUAUGAUUUUAGCACUCAUUAGACUGGUUACUAUAUUUUUACAUAUAAUUUGUUUUAACUUAUUUGUAUUUGUAGUAAACAAAUAACAUUUUUUAUAAUUCAAGUCAUUCCAACCAGUCACAGACAAUGCACAUAAUGCCAAUUUAAUUUCAAUGGAAUAUUGACAAUUAAUACAGCAAGAGUAUUAUUUUUUGAAAAUUAAAUGUGCAAGUAGAACAUACUAAUUAAAUACGAUGUCUCUCGAAUAUAAUUUCCAAUAUGUCAUCUUUCUGUCAAUAAAAAAAUAACUGAAAUAAAACAAAGACGAA